AUGCAGUAUGCCGAUCAGCGCCAAGGGAGCGACUUAUCGAAUCGUUUCCAGAUCGAAAUUGCUUGCGUCAACUGCGCGGCCACGAAGACCAGGUGCGACCGACGGUAUCCUUGCGGACGAUGCCGCGUAAAGCACUUGAGCUGUAUCACGCGGCAGCCGCGACGGAAGAAAAUUUCCACAGCACAAAUUUCCCACCCCGCUCAGUCCUCGGUCGAUGAUUAUGCCCAACAGGCUCAAGUCGAGGGAGACUUCACAGAUGACGGGUUGGUUAGGGACCAGGACUUUUGCGACUCACAUCAGGAUCUGAACGCCAAUGAGCACGUAAACGUGAUAUUUACUGACCAUCCUGGCCUGAGCCCCUUGGGAGGUCUCCAUGGCCGCCAAAGAAUAUUUACCGUUGAUAAGCAACCUGAGCAACCCAGCCAUCAUGUAACCGAUUCUGCACACCGUGCGCUGCGUCAAGGCAUCGAGGUUAACCCACUCCAACCUCCGGCGUCUCAUUUUGAAGAAUCUCACCCGAAUAUGUCCAAUCCUAGGCAGUCAUCCAGUUUGCUGGAACCCAUUGCAGGAGCCGAGCCUGGCACAGAAUCUAGACCUGUUCAGCAAUCGCGACAGAAGUGCGAUGGUCCUCCACGUACCGAAAUCUCCCCCGCAUAUCCAGGCCGGGGUGAUCUUGAGCGCAUCUAUGAAGAAGACAAGAUUGCCUUGGUCCCGGAUUGGGAUCAUUGGGCCAUAUGCCGAUGUCUUCCCCCACCUACAGCAGCCCCUGAGGAUAGGAAGAAGUCAUCGAUCAUGACGCUCGAGCAGAACUUCGCACUCCCAGGGCCUUGGACCAGCCUUGCGGGUAACCGGAGAGGCGAGCAGUUUGCACCUGCUGAACGGUUUGUGAAUGUAGAGUUGUCCGAAGCUACUCGAGAAUGGCUCUUGAUGAUUGCACAAGGCUUCAUGCGUGUUGCCAUGGAUGUCCAUGGCUUGACCAUCGCUCCUCCAUCCCCAGCGCCGCCUGAGAUGGAUGAGUUCAAUGCUCUUGGAGGUUUCAUGCGACUACCACCGUCCGAAGCUCUUCAUAGAUACCUCGAGACUGUGUUGACGAUUUACGAACCGUUCUAUCCCCUCGUUCCAGCACGAAUCCUGGAACCCAAUCAAUUGGCUGGGUCUCAAAAUGGCCGGGGGUCCAAUCUCUUACUCUUCCUUAUGUUCGCCUUGGGAUCGAUGCUGGAUCCUGCUAUUAAAGCGCGACGAUUUUCUACGGCUCUGACUGAAAUAUGCAGGCAUUCAAUCCACGAUGUGCUCGAAAAGGAUUCCGGUGCACCUGGAAGCGGUCUUCUAUUCUAUUGCUCAUUGAUUUUCAUCAUCAAAAGCUCUUUCAGUGGUGACAAAGCGCACAUGAAUAUUGCUGUUGCUCAUAGGCAUAUGUACUUGACGCUAAUGAGGUCGGCCGGGCAUUUCAAGAAACCUUAUCGUCAAUUACAGGCACUCGUUCUUGAGAACGAAGGCCUCCAAAAGUUUUGGCAGUCUUGGCUUGAGAAAGAGAGCGCUUCGAGACUUGCAUAUGGUUGGGUUAUGCUAGAAACGGAGAUUAGUCUGUUCUACGAUGGUCGACCGAUUUUAAAUACCUCGGAACUCGAAGUCCCGCUACCAUCUAGCGAGAGCUUAUGGCUCGCAUCGAAUCCCGAGGAAUGGCGUCAAAACUUGUGCAGAGAAAGCUCAUUCGAUGACUGGCAAGUCUGUUUGGAUGCACUGCCCGAUCACUCGCUCCGUAGCCUAUUCCAGAUUUUGAUGGAUAAUGAGCUAGACCAGUUGGGCUUCCAGCCGACAAUCUUACACAUGAGGCUGUUGCUAUAUCCACUUCACGUUCUGGUGGCGGAACUCGGCCAGCUUUUGGACAGUGGCCUAGUGUCCAUGCAGUCUCGAUGGUUCUCCAGUCCCACCAUGCAAAGUUCAUCGGUCCUCCGCUACGAUGAGAUCCGCCUUCUCUUGCAAGCAUGGCGUGAUUUAUUGGAUCGAUCGAGUGGACAGGGCGCUCGAUAUCGUGCGAUGAGAAGUGCCGCAUUGACACUUUUUCAUCUUAUAAGCCUCAACCUGUUCACCGCGUUCAGCAAAUUGGAACGUGUCGCUCGGGAGGGCUAUCAUGUCUUCGAGUCUCAAUCAAGCGCAGACUUGGCUUCGAACUGCAUUCGCGCACCCGAGCACGCCAUCGUGCAUUGCGGUCAAAUCUUUCGGUUAUCCAGAGAGAUGGAUCAGGGAAUAUGCCCCAUCUGGACUGCCGCAGCCAUAUAUCGCGCUACUCUGAUACUAUGGUCGAUAAGCAUUCUCAAUGCAAAUUCCGCAUUCGGACACAAGAUGAGCGGACUCCAACCAAACCCCGGAAGAGAACUUGUGAUUGAUGAGGUGACCCUUCAAGACGAUGAGGUUCAACGAUAUCUUCGACGGGGCGAUGCGGCGCCCAUGCUCACAACUGAAAACGGACUUCGGGUUUCGCUAGAAAAUCCUGUGGAACUGUUGCAUUUGGGUAUCAAUACAGUGACUCGACAUUGCUUGGCAACAUCAUUCUCCGCUGGAGUUAGGUACAAGCUAGAAGAGAUGGCUAAGCUCUGGGAACGGAAACACCAGUCUCUUCUCAGUCAGGGAUCAUCUAUAGGGGCACGAUUGACAACGGUUGGAGACAUUCGCUAA